AUGAGUGCUGCCUUCGCAAGGAGUGCUGCCUUCGCAAGGAGUGCUGCCUUCGCAAGGAGUGCUGCCUUCGCAAGGAGUGCUGCCUUCGCAAGGAGUGCUGCCUUCGCAAUAAGGGCUGCCUUUGCAGGGAGUGCUGCCUUCGCAAGGGGUGGUGCCUUUGCAAGGAGUGCUGCCUUCGCAAGGAGUGCUGCCUUUGCAAGGAGUGCUGCUUUCGCAAGGAGUGCUGCCUUCGCAAGGAGUGCUGCCUUUGCAAUGAGGGCUGCCUUUGCUGGGAGUGCUGCUUUCGCAAAGGGUGGUGCCUUCGCAAGGAGUGCUGCCUUUGCAAGGAGUGCUGCCUUCGCAAGGAGUUAUGCCUUCGCAAGGAGUGCUGCCUUCGCUAGGAGUGCUGCCCUUCUAAGGAGAGCUGCCUUCGCAAGGAGUGCUGCCUUCGCUAGGAGUGCUGCAUUCGCAAGGAGGGCUGCCUUCGCAGUGAGUACUGCCUUUGCAAGGAGUGCUGCCUUCGCAAGGAGUGGUGCCUUCGCAAGGAGUGCUGCCGUCGCAGGGAGUGCUGCAUCCGAAAGGAGUGCUGCCUUCGUAACGUGUGCUGAUUUCGCAAGGAGUGCUGCCUUUGCAAGGAGCGCUGCCAUCGCAAGGAGUGCUGCCUUCGCUAGGAGUGCUGCCUUCGCAAGGAGGGCUGCCUUCGCAAAGAGGGAGUACUGCCUUUGCAACGAGUGCUGCCUUCCAAUGAGUGCUGCCUUUGCAAGGAGUGCUGCCUUCGCAAGGAGUGCUGCCUUCGCAAGGAGUGCUGCCUUCGCAACGAGGGCUGCCUUUGUAGGGAGUGCUGUCUUCGCAAGGGGUUGUGCCUUCGCCAGGAGUGCUGCCUUUGCAAGGAGUGCUGCCUUCACAAGGAGAAAUGCCUUCGCAAGGAGUGUUGCCUUCGCAAGGAGUGCUGCCUUUGCACAGAGUGCUGCCUUUGCAGGGAGUGCUGCCUUCGCACGGAGGGCUGCCUUCGCAAGUAGGGCUCCCUUCGCAGGGAGUGUUGCCUUCGCAAGGGGUAAUGCCUUCGCAAUUACUGCUGCCUUCGCAGGGAGUACUGCCUUUGCAACGAGUGCUGCCUUCCAAUGA